UUUGUUUCUAUUAUCUUUUAAGCAAUAUUUAAGCAUUUAUAAUGAUGUAAAGGUAAGCAAGUGUAAGUUGAUAAACAUGAAAUGUUCUUUAUUAAAAAAAAAAAAACAUGAAAUGUUCAGGUCACAUAUCUAUCAUGUAUGUUGUCCAAUUGUCUAUUAAUUACACCGCUAUUAACACAUCACAUCGACAACCUGCCAUUUUUGGUAACAGAACAUCAUUUGCUUAUGAUAUUUCAUUGAUAAGUAAACCAAAUUUCAUGCAUAACAUCUGUUUGUCUUUCUUCAUUAGUCAUGGAUAUGGAUGCAACAAGCCAUGCAUCCAGAAUUGAACUACAACAGCUAUUUCCGAAAGAAAUGGCUGUCAUGGAAGAUAGUGCCAUUCAAGAACAUGUCGAUCAAGAAGUGGCUGAAGGAGAUUAAAGAAAGGCGGAAAGAGGAACACAGGUUGCAAAGAGCUGAAGUCCAUGCAGCUAUAUCUAUGGCAGGUGUGGCAGCAGCGCUUGCUCCCAUUGCGGCUGAAAGCUCUGGAAAGAAUGAGAGCACUGCCAAGGAAGCAGCUGUGGCUUCUGCAGCUGCUCUGGUGGCAGCCCAGUGUGCAAAAGUUGCAGAAGCAAUGGGAGCAAAGAAGGAACAGAUCAGCAGUGUAAUAGGUUCAGCCAUGAGUAGUACAAGUGCAAGUGAUAUCUUAACCCUCACAGCUGCAGCUGCAACAUCAUUAAAAGGAGCAGCUACACUUAAAGCAAGAUCAGGAUGCAAGAAUAUGCUACAUGGGGGUGCACCCGUGCUGCCCAUCGAGGAGAGCCAUGAGGUUGACUUCGACUUUGAAAAGUGUAGGUCAAUGCUCGGAAUGGGUGCACACCUCAGCAUCGAAACACCAGAUGGGAAGUACAUGGUCAGAUCCGUGUCCGUCAUCCUAAGCAGUGAAGCCAAGGUUGUUCUUAAAAUAAGGAAGCUCAGUCUGUUGAAAAGCAAGCAGGAAAGUAUCAUACUGGACAUGCAUGCAGAGCUGUAUAAAGAUUCAGAGGCAGAGACUGGUACAGGUUACCUUAUCGUCUUGACAACGAGUAAGGGGACAUUCAAACUUGACAUGGAAGAUGACUAUCAACGUUACACGACAUGGGCCACAACCAUUAAUCAUAUGCUGAUGCUCUCUACUUCAUUAUCAAAAUAUCAUCUUCAGUUCUACAAAAACUAAUGUCACCAGCUAUUACUAUAAUCAAUUUGUUGCACCGAUGUGCAUAUCUGUCCUCUUUUAUGUAAUUAUCAUAAGUAAAUUCAUAAUUCCUGCUUCACAGAUUUUUUAUUGCUAUCAUAACAAGCUCAUAUGUUCCCAGAGCAGAGCUACACUAACAAAUUCAGAGAUAAUAAUAUAGGCAAAUACUUCGUGAUUAAUUCAUAUUAACCAAAUAGUAAUAAAUAAUAAUAAUAAUAAUAAUAAUAAUAAUCUUCUUCUUCUUCUUCCAGGAGAGAGUAAAUAGAGAGUGAAAAAUGGCUUACAUAUAAGCAUUCAAUUAAAUAGUCUUGAACAACUACCGAGUAAACAUUGUACCAUAUCUAUAUACCAUGUCUCUAUCACUUAAAUGAGUCCAAUACUAUCAAAAAAUAACAACUU